GCUAGUGCAAAAAUGAUCAUAAUAAACCAGUAAUGAACGAAGAAAACAUGGAAUCUAACGGUCAAUUAGCAAACAACACUAAAAACGCAGAUGAAGAAAAAACACCAGAAAAAAUAACCAUAACUAUAGACCAAACGGAUGGCGGGAAAACUGACAGCAACGGAAUAAAACCUCUAGAGGUAACAAUCCAAAAUGGCGGAGAAAAAGGAGAUUCGAAAGACUUGUUGGGAGUUCCAAGGAAUGGACACCGCAUGUCCUUUAUGGAAGAGGAGAGUGCGAAAGAGAGGAUGCGGCUGUCCCUUCUGAAGCAAUGUUCCGGGAUACUGAGACAAGGAGACCAGAAGUACAAUAAGGAGUCUCUGCACAAAGCUUUUCAGGAUGAGGACCUGCUGGAGCGCGUGUUUCGCCUCUUCGACACGGAACGACAGGAUGAGUUGGUACAGGCCGACUGGAUAGAAUUCCUGAAGGCAAGACUCACUGAAGAGAAGCAGCUGGAGUUGAUAGAACACAUCGAAAGCGUUGCUUACUUGACGUGCGGCAGCGAACACAUAGAUCUCGACACCUUCCAGCUGAUCCUGAGGAACAGACUGGUGACUGCCCGACUCUUCAAGGUGGUGGAUACAGAUGGUGACGGCUACGCGACCGUCGACGAUAUCAUGGAGUUCCUGUCCACAGUAUCUAGUACACGACCUCGCGUCGGGUUUGAUCGGCACAGCGUGGACCAACUUGAGCAGCUAUUCCGGCAGACGGUGGGGGACCAGAAGGAGAUCACCAGAGAACAGUUUGAGAAGAUAUUGGUCUCGAAAAACCCCUUCUUCACGGAGCGCGUGUUCCAAAUCUUCGACGAGGACGACUCCGGCGCGAUAUCGCUCCAGGAGUUCAUCGCGGCCGUGCACCGCUUCGCGGGCCAGUCGCACGAGGACAAGAUCCGGUUCCUCUUCAAAGUCUACGACCAGGAUGGUGAUGGUCUUAUCCAGCACCGGGAGCUGCAGCAUGUGAUGCGGGCGUGCAUGGAGGAGAACGGGAUGUCGUUUAGCGAACAACAGUUGUUGGAACUGACGACGGCCAUGUUUGAGGACGCAGACACCGAACGGAGAGGUGCCAUCACGUAUGAGGCGCUGCGGAGACAGCUGGACCGACACGGAGGGUUGCUGCAUAAUCUGUCUAUUAGCAUCGAUCGUUGGCUACUUCCGGCCACACAGCCUCAGCCCACGUCUCUACGCCACCGACUCUCUUCUCUCAAGCCGUACCAGCUCUCUCUCCCUUACUUCAAGAACAACUAUGUUUUCAUCAUCUUUACUGGCUUGUUCUUCCUAGUGAACAUUGGGCUGUUCGUCGCUAGGAUUGUGGAGUACCAGGGGUCGAAUUGUUUUGUUAUUAUGGCUAGAGCUUGUGGUCAGUGCCUAAACUUCAACUGCGCCUGGGUGCUUGUGCUGAUGCUGCGACUGUGUAUCACGCAGCUGCGCGUGCGCGGCGCCAGCAGUUUCCUGCCGCUCGAUCAUCACAUCUACUUGCACAAGCUCACCGGCGUGCUGAUAGCCAUCUACAGCAUCGUACAUACUGUCAUGCACAUCUGUAAUUUCAGUUUGAUAGUAGUGAAUGACCCAAAACUCAACGCCGCUAACUUUUCGACUUGGGAGUGGUUGCUCACAGAGCGCCCGCACCUUUUCGGACUGGUACAAGGCUGUGCCAAUCCUACUGGUUUCGCGCUGGUGGUUAUCCUUGCAGUCAUGUGUGUCUGCAGCCAACCCUUCAUUCGCCGAGGGGGCAGCUUUGAGAUCUUCUACUGGACGCAUCUCUUAUACGUGCCGUUUUGGCUACUGCUUCUGUUCCACGCGCCUAACUUCUGGAAGUGGUUCGCGCUGCCGGGCACGCUGUAUAUUGCCGAGAGAAUCAUCCGGCUCGCUGCAAUGAGGUCUAACCACGGCAAGACAUAUAUCUCUUCAGGAAUCCUGCUGCCUUCACGUGUGACGCAUUUGGUGGUGCGUCGGCCACCUGUCUUCGAUUUUCACGCGGGUGACUACGUGUUUGUGAACAUACCGGCUAUAGCGCGGUACGAGUGGCAUCCUUUCACUAUCAGCAGCGCUCCUGAUCAAGAAGAUUACAUAUGGCUGCAUAUUCGUGGCGUUGGUCAGUGGACCAACACGUUGUACGAAUAUUUCGAAAAAGAACACGCUAGGCUGCAUGCUGGAGAAGUACCCGCUGAGCAUGAGAAAGUAACCAGAACGGGUUCUAAUCAAAGUAACAAGAGUAAGCGCAAAGGCUCCUCUGGAGACGGCAAGAAGCGCUCAGUUGACUUUUCGCCAGAAGUGAAAGAGUACAACAACGAGGGUUUCACUUUAGACGAGGACAGGGAAAUGGAUUUUAAAGCAUUGUCGCCUUCUUCCAAUGGCCGACCAACGCUUCUCACACUAACUCCAAUGAAGCACUUGGAGAAAUCUCGCUCCAUGCCCGAUGUCCAUAACAAAGACAAGAAUAAACAAAGGCUCUUGGCAUUGCAGGACUACCCCCGCUCCGAGUCGGAGCGGAGCUUCGACGUCGGGUCCAUGGCCAGCGCGCGCCGCGCCGCGCUCGGGCUCGCUUACAAAAGUCCGCAGAAUCGGGCGCUGGCUCAUAGCUUCAGGUACAUGCGCAUAAAGCCGACGAUCAUCGCAUUCAAGACGCCGAGCCUGGAGAGCUGUGAACAGCGCCGUCGCUCCAAUGAGAGCAUCCUCACCGUCGCUCGACGGCGGUUAUCCAAGAGUCUGUCUCCAGACAAGGAUCUGGAGAAUCCACCCGCCAUCACCGUGCAAAGCCCCAGCGAGGCCUCCACCACUGAGCCGUUCGCCAACUAUCCUGUAGGGAAGCCGCUCGAGAUAUAUCUCGAUGGGCCGUAUGGAGCAGCAUCCUCGCACAUCUUCCGUGCAGAGCACGCUGCGCUCAUCGCUGCGGGCAUCGGAGUCACUCCCUUUGCAUCUAUUUUACAGGCAAUUAUGUACCGGUACUGGAACUCGCGAAACGUUUGUCCCCGCUGCGAUCACAAGUGGGUUUCGAACAUCGCGCAGAACAACAUGAAUCUCAGAAAGGUGGAUUUCUUCUGGAUAAACCGGGAGCAGCGCUCCUUCGAGUGGUUUGUGUCCCUCCUGUCGCAACUUGAGAUCGAGCAGGCAGAGAGCGGCGCGCGCUUCCUUGAGAUGCACAUGUACAUCACCAGCGCGCUGCAGAGGAGUGACAUGAAGGCUGUAGGGCUUCAGCUAGCGCUAGACUUACUUCAUGAAAAGGAGAAACGUGACCUGAUCACAGGGCUGAAGACCCGCACGAACGCGGGCCGCCCCAACUGGGACAAGGUGUUCCAGCAACUACAGGAACAGAGGAAAGGGAAGGUGACGGUGUUCUACUGCGGGCCGCCGCAGCUCGCGCGCAUCUUGCGCGUGAAGUGUGACCAGUUCGGCUUCAGCUUCAGGAAGGAGGUCUUUUAAGCACAAUUUACCCCUCAGAGGCAUUCUAACUUUAAAAGCCUGAUUUUGA